AUGACACUCUAUUACAGUUUGGUUUUUAUUCUCCUCGUCGCCGAGAUGGCACUUUUCAUGCUGUUGAUUGUUCCAUUGCCUUUUACUAUCCGCCGCAAAAUGUUCACGUUCAUAUCUGAAAGUCCAAUCGUUGCGAAGUUUCAAUACGCAAUGAAAAUAACAUUUAUUUUUAUACUUAUUCUAUUUCUCGACAGUGUUAAUCGAGUCUAUCGGGUACAGCUCGAAUUAGCCGAAUCUAACAAAAGCCAGGGAUCGCCUGUGCUUGGUCAUGAGCGUAUGGAAGUACAAGCACGAAAGUUUUAUUCCCAGCGCAAUAUGUACCUCUGCGGAUUCACGCUAUUUCUUUCUCUGAUUCUUAACCGCACAUAUACUAUGAUUUUAGAUGUGUUACGUCUCGAAGAAAAGGUCAAGAAGUAUGAAGGUAAUCCAAAGGCAGGUGGAAAAGAUAGCCAGAAACUUGCCAACGCCGGCGAUGCUGGUGAAAUAGGAAAACUCCGCAAGGAACUAGCUGAAAAGCAGAGGGACUUUGAUGUAUUAAAAUCUCAAAGUGAAGGUCUUAGUAGGGAGUAUAAUAAGUUGUGUGACCUGUAUGGUGAGAAAAACAACGCUGAUCCCAUUCGCAAAAAGGAUAAAUAA